CACAACCUGAAGGCAGCAACGCAGUUCCAGUGCCCAACCAUAGGGGGCGUCGAUCUACGGAUCCCGUUUCCCGUUAGCCCGUCAAGCUCAGCUACCCAAACCUUGACAUUGCGAAGAUGGAGGCUGUGAUGGUGUAGACCGGGACAAGAACUCACUGCGGAGCCGUGUUAUGACAAGAUACCCAGUCGGUCCAGGUGGAGGCAGGUGGUGUGAGUAGAGUGCAAUAGACAUCGGCAGCAUGUACUCCGAGUGGCGCUCGCUGCAGCUGGUGGUGCAGAGCGACCAGGGCCACCUCAGCGUUCUGCACACCUUUCCCAACAAUGUGGGCACGGAGGUGGCGAAUGCUGUCGUCAAACCUCUGGGCACAGCUGUGAGCCCUGUUGCCACAGAGAACAUCCUCAAGACAGACAAGGAGGUAAAGUGGACCAUGGAAGUGCUCUGUUACGGCCUCACCCUCCCCUUAGAAGGGGACACGGUCAAGCUGUGUGUAGAUGUGUACACAGACUGGAUGAUGGCCCUGGUGUCGCCCAGGGACUCGAUGCCUCAGCCUGUGGUCAAGGAGCCCAAUAUGUAUGUCCAGUCCAUCCUUAAACAUCUUUACAACGUGUUCGUACCAAGGCCUGACCAGCACAGUCUGAACCACAUCAGGCUUUGCCAGCAGGUUCUGACUGCUGUCCAGAAACUGGCAAGAGAGUCCGUCUCCAUGGUUAGGGAAACCUGGGAGGUGCUGCUGCUCUUCCUGCUACGCAUCAAUGACACCUUACUUGCCCCACCCACAGUUGGAGUUGGCGUGGCAGAGAAACUGGCAGAGAAAUUGAUGGCAGUGCUGUUUGAGGUGUGGCUGCUGGCAUGCGCCCGCUGUUUUCCCACGCCACCAUACUGGAAGACGGCUCGGGAGAUGCUGGCCAAUUGGAGACACCACCCUCCAGUCGUAGAGCAGUGGAGCAGAGUGGCCUGUGCCCUGACCUCCAGGCUUUUGCGCUUUACCCACGGACCGUCCUUCCCUCCGUUCAAAGUUCCUGAUGAGGAUGCCAACCUGAUUCCUCUGGAGAUGGACAAUGACUGUGUGGCACAGACGUGGUACCGCUUUCUUCACAUGCUUAGCAAUCCAGUGGACCUGAGCAACCCUGCGAUAGUGAGCACCACUCCAAAGUUUCAGGAACAGUUUCUAAACUCCAGCGGUAUCCCUCAUGAAGUGGUCCUACAUCCGUGUUUGAAACAGCUCCCCCAGAUCUUCUUCAGGGCCAUGAGGGGGGUCAGCUGCCUAGUAGAUGCCUUCCUGGGUAUAUCACGUCCCAGAGCUGACAGUGCCCCGCCCACCCCGGUCAACAGAAUGAGCAUGUCCCCGCCCCCCUCCAUCACCAACACCACGCCCCCUCACAGCCGCAAGCAGCGGCACACCGUGGUCACCAAAACCACAAGCAAGAGUUCAACUAGCAGUGGUAGUCAACCAACCAAAGCAUCCCAGCAGCAACAGCAGCAGCAGCAGCAAAAUUCGUCCUCCCCGACCCUGCUCUCCAGCCCCAACCAGAGCAGCUGGGAGUCUCGGCCUCUGCCCGCCCCGGCAAGGCCGAAGGUUAACAGCAUCCUUAACCUGUUCGGCCAGUGGCUUUUUGACGCUGCUCUGGUGCACUGUAAGCUCCACAGCGGCCUCAGCCGAGACCCUAGCAUGACCGCCUCUUUUAUCCAAAUUCUCCUUUCUUAUAAAUCUUCGAUAGCCACUCAAGUAGGUCUGGAGCUGAGAAGGAAGGGUUCUCAAAUGUCCAAUGACUCCAUGGUGUCAAACCCCAUGUUUGACGCCAACGAGUUCCCAGAGAGCUAUGAGGCUGGACGAGCCGAGGCCUGUGGGACUCUCUGCCGCAUCUUCUGUAGCAAGAAAACUGGAGAAGAGAUUCUGCCUGUUUAUCUUUCCAGAUUCUACAUGGUCCUGAUUCAGGGUCUCCAGAUCUCUGACUUCAUCUGCAGACCAGUUCUGGCUUCUAUCAUUCUCAACUCUUCCUCUCUCUUCUGUACUGACCUGAAGGGCAUCAAUGUGGUGGUGCCGUACUUCAUAGCUGCCUUGGAGACUAUAGUUCCAGACAGGGAGCUGUCCAAAUUCAAGAUCUAUGUCAAUCCUACUGACCUAAGGAGAGCCUCCAUCAACAUCCUGCUCGCCAUGUUGCCGUUGCCGCAUCACUUUGGCAACAUCAAAUCAGAGGUUCUGUUGGAGGGAAAGUUCAAUGAGGAGGAUGGGUGGCCUCAUGACCAGCCUGUGUCUUUCCUUUCCCUAAGGCUACGUCUCGUCAAUGUCCUGAUCGGAGCACUGCAAACUGAGACUGACCCCACUAACACUCAGCUCAUCCUGGGUGCAAUGCUCAAUAUCGUUCAAGACUCAGCGCUUUUGGAGUCCAUAGGAGCACAGACUGAAACAGGGAGUAUAGAUGGGAGCCAUGUAACAGUGAGGAGUCAGAGUCACAGCCGCACCAACAGCGGCAUUAGUUUCACCAGCGGAGGCAGCACAGAGGCAACCAGCCCAGAUUCUGAGCGUCCUUCUCAGGCCCUGCUGCGGGACUACGCUCUUCCAGAUACGGCGGUGGGCCUGCUGGUGCGCAGUAUCCACCUGGUCACACAGAGGCUCAACUCUCAGUGGAGGCAAGACAUGAGCAUUUCACUGGCUGCCCUGGAGCUGCUGGCUGGGCUGGCCAAGGUGAAGGUCGGAGUGGACUCUGCAGACCGCAAACGUGCCGUCAGCUCUAUAUGUGGGUACAUCGUGUACCAGUGUAGCCGUCCAGCUCCUCUUCAAUCUCGAGACCUCCACUCUAUGAUUGUAGCUGCCUUCCAGUUUCUGUGUGUGUGGCUCACAGAACACCCUGACAUGCUGGAUGAGAAGGAUUGUUUGGUAGAGGUGUUGGAGAUUGUGGAGCUGGGAAUAUCUGGUAGCAAGUCCCGACAGGAACAGGAAGUUCGGCAUAAAGGGGAGAAGGAGCACAACCCGGCUUCAAUGAGGGUGAAGGACGCUGCUGAGGCAACUUUGUCCUGUAUCAUGCAGGUGUUGGGGGCCUUCCCUUCUCCCAGCGGGCCUGCCUCCACCUGCAGCCUACUGAAUGAAGACACCCUGAUUCGUUACGCCAGACUGAGUGCCACAGGAGCCAGCAACUUCCGCUACUUUGUGCUGGACAACUCUGUCAUCCUCGCCAUGCUGGAGCAGCCUCUCGGCAACGAGCAGAACCCCAGUCCAUCGGUGACAGUUUUAAUCCGAGGCACAGCUGGCAGACAUGCCUGGACCAUGCAGCUCUUCCACCAACCCAGAGGAGCUCGGGCCAAUCAGAGGCAGGUGUUUGUUCCAGAGGGUCGUCCUCUGCCGAAAAAUGAUGUGGGGAUAAAAUACAGCGUCAAGCAGAGGCCCUUCCCUGAAGAGGUGGAUAAGAUUCCUCUUGUCAAGGCUGAUGUCAGUAUUCCUGACCUGGAUGACAUUGUCAGUAAAGAGGCAUGUUAUUUGGACUGGCAGGAUGAUUCAAGAGCUACAAAUACACUGAGUUAUUACCCACACCUGGAGGUUCAGCAUGACAGGCUUCGUAUUCUGAUGACCAAGCAGAUAGAGUAUGAGAACACCUUGGAGCGGCACAGUGAGGAAAUCUGGAAGUCCAACACUUUCCCUGACCCACAGACGGACUGCAAACCUCCUCCUCCGUCGCAGGAGUUCCAGACGGCGCGUCUCUUCCUCUCCCACUUUGGUUUUCUCUCUCUGGAGGCACUGAAGGAGCCCAACAACAGUCGUCUACCUCCUCAUCUGAUUGGCCUGGAGUCAUCCUUGCCAGGAUUUUUUGAUGACAUCAGCUACCUGGACCUCCUUCCCUGUCGACCAUUUGACACCGUCUUUAUUUUCUACGUGAGAGCUGGACAGAAAAGUAGCCACGAGAUCCUGAGGAACGUGGAGUCAUCAUCGAGUGUCCAGCCUCACUUCUUGGAGUUCCUGCUGUCCUUGGGCUGGCCUGUGGACGUGGGACGCCACCCAGGUUGGACGGGACACCUAGAUACCAGCUGGUCCCUGAACUCCUUCUGCGACAGCAAUGAUACACAACAAAUAGAGGAAGCAGCUACUCCUGAGGACACAGGAGGUUCCGUGUUCAAUGGGGAGAAGAAGGUUUUGUACUACGCUGAUGCUCUGACAGAGAUUGCCUUCGUUGUUCCAUCUUUGACAGAAAACUCGGAGGAGUCAUCGGUGCACAGUGACUCCACAGUGGAGGCAGACACCAACACAGAAAUAGUGCCUGGUUUACUUAAACAACCCAACCUCACACUGGAGCUCUUCCCCAACCAUUCAGAAAACCUUGAGUCUGCCAAGAAGCUGAGUCCUUUGGUGAAGACAAAGAGGUCAUCGACUGGAAAGUCCUUCCCACCACUGGGUCCGGAGACAAAAGUGUUCGUGGUUUGGGUGGAGCGCUUUGAUGAUAUUGAGAACUUCCCGUUGACUGAGCUCUUGGCGGAAACCAGCACGGGCUUGGAAGCUAGCAUGAGCAACAGCACUUCCUGCAGGUCGGGCUUACUAGAGAAGGAUGUUCCACUGAUCUUCAUCCACCCUCUGAAGACGGGACUCUUCAGGAUUCGGCUGCAUGGAGCUGUGGGCAAAUUUGGCAUGGUGAUCCCCCUGGUGGACGGCAUGGUGGUCAGCCGCAGAGCUCUAGGGUUCCUGGUUCGUCAGACGGUCAUCAACGUGUGCCGACGGAAGCGUCUGGAAAGUGACUUGUACAACCCGCCCCAUGUGAGGCGGAAGCAGAAAAUAACUGAGAUUGUCCAGCGUUACCGCAACAAGCAGCUGGAGCCAGAGUUUUACACCUCGCUCUUCCAUGAGGUGGGGGAGGGAAAGCCUCACCUCUAAUACCCCUGCCCUGUCCUAACACUGGCUCACAAGCGCACACAGACACACACAUGCUUUAUACCUAUACUCUUACACCAUUUACAUACAUACACACCCACACCACACACACACACAGAAUCUUUAUAUUUAUACUGUACUAUUUUGUUAUUUAUAUGAAUACAUAUAUCAACACUGUCUGCCUUUGACUCUGAGAGCAAAGUGUCAAAAACCAUGCCAAGGUGGAAAAGCUACAUUUCUGUGUCGCAGCCUCUCGCGGAACAUUUGAAUGGCUGAAGUUCAACAGUCUCUGCUCAUUAGGUCUCAUGCUUUGUGGCAAAAGAGUUUCUGCUUGUCUUCAAACUGCAAUACAAUAGUUACACUGUUGGCCUUUCUCAACUUGUAAAAAAAAAAAAAAAAUGUUUGUUCUCUAAACCCUGUGACAUGAGUGAAUUUCCUGAUGGUUUUGGUAAUACAGAGUUGUGUCCAAAAAACCCAGAUUUGUUUUUUGUUGUUGUUGUAAUCAAACAGAUUCAUAGCUGGAUCUUUGCCAAGGAGACAAACAUGCAAGCGUCAUAAAAAAGUUUUUAAAUCCAAAUCGCUGCUGCUUUCAGGCAAGUUGCCUUGAUAGAGCGAAGAAAUGAUGGACAUCGUUAACGGCCAAUCAUCUACACCCAGACGUCUGCUAAAUUCUUCCCAGUGCAAACAGAAAUUCGGCCGCUGCAGCAGCUUACUGGUUUUUUUUCAGAUGAUUUACAGGACUCCUGUGUUCUAUUACUGUAUGUGGGUGUAAUUUUUGGAACCUGCACUGUCUCUGUGCCAGUCUGAAAGUCAUCCCAUCUCACAGCAGCCACUGCACUGUGUUUGUGUGUGUGUGUGUGUGUAUGUGUAUGUGUAUGCACAUGUAUCCUUAUUCAAAUAAUCAACACUACAAGAAGUCAUACUGACCCCUAAACCUCUCAUAGAAAGCAUUUCAUGAUGAAUUAUGUCACUUUACAAACAAAUGUGUCUCAAAGUAAAUUCAGUUUUGAACAUUUCAAUCUCGGUCAAAGCUCGGUAACUCGAGAGUGUGCCGGUAAAGCAGUGACGGAGCUCCUGGAGUUUGCACUUGAUGAUCGCAGAGCUGAUAACAUAAGGACCACAAAGACAUUUUAGCUUUGGAGUCUCGAACGUGUCACAGAUUUGCACAUCCCAUAAAACACAAACAGGUGCUGAACCAAUGAAUUAACGUGGAGGCAGACAAAUGGAGGUGCACACACACCGUCGCUCAUUUCUAUGCAGUUUUAAUGAUCAUCCCAGACAACGUCUCAAUACAACUGAAUAGAAGCGAGCGCUGCUGUGCAGACCUCCAUUCUGCUGAUGACAAACAGAACCACGGCACAAAUGAAGUGUCUACAAAAUCUAUGGUGAUGUAUUCAGAGGCCAAAGUAAUCACUGUAGCUAACAGCGUUGUCUAACGUCCAUCUUGCCUGAUCCCAGCUGUAUUUUUUUUUAUUCUAAACCCAGAAAGAAAAUUUAACACAAUCAUUUUGGAUGACAGAAAUUAAAAGCUUUGCCUUCACAAAUAUUUUUUUUGGGGCUUCACAGUUUCACUUUAGUUUACUCACUGUACUUUGGUCUAUUCAAGCUCUCCUCACUGUCUGCCUGUAACAAUGUGAAGUUAUUUAUCACAGCGAUGGAACAGGACAAACACCUCUCGUUUCUUAUGUUGUUUUGGGAAGUCUUAAUGCACUGAGCACAUUUUCUGUUUUAUUUUCUAUUCCCUGUGGUUCCCCUUCCAUGUCUUUUUGUACUUUUGUGCAUUUUGAAAGAAAACCCUGCUGAAGGAAGAGUUUUAUCUUGUGAAAUAUGAAUGAAAAAGAGGCGCCGGCGAGUUUUUAAACCUAUCAUGUCUAACUGUGUGACUCACUUUUUACGAGCGUGCUUUAUGCACAUGCCUUUUUUUUGGAAGGAAAAAAAAAAAACAUUAAAUAUGCUUCAAAGAAACUACAUACAAUCAGUCAUACAUUGUAUCCUAUGUUACUCCUCUGAUCAUAUUUAAGGAUUUGCCAUGUACAGAAGCGGAGGAUGAUAUGUAAAUAUAUGAAAGUGUAGGGCAUUUACAAGUUGUCUGUUGCAUUCAUCUGAGACGGCGAGAAAAAGCUAUGUAUGUAUGCAAUUAUGUGUGGGAGGAUCACAAUGGGUAUUGAAUGUAACAUGCAUCAAUUAAAACUAUUAUGAGCUUUUAAUUUC